GCGCGCGCUCAUUGGUCGCCUGCGGGUGCAGAUGGCCGACCGACUGGAGGCGAGCGGGGUGGCAGUGCGCCGGGCCGGCCCCCACUUGGUCUGGGUGGUGGACUUCCCGCUGUUUGUGGAGGAGGAGGGCCGUCUGGUGUCGGCGCACCACCCGUUCACCAGGCCGCACCAGGAGGACGAGCACCUGGUGCACUCCAACCCCUCGGAGGCCCGCAGUCAGCACUUUGACCUGGUGCUGGAUGGCUGGGAGAUCGGCGGCGGCUCGAUGCGCAUUCACGAGCCCGCCCUCCAGCGGCACGUUCUGGAAACUGUACUUGGCGAGGACACCGCGCCGCUGCAGCACCUGCUGGACGCGCUGGCGAGCGGCGCCCCGCCGCACGGAGGCAUUGCGCUCGGAUUGGAUCGCUUGGUGGCGCUGGUGUGCGGCGCGCAAUCAAUUCGUGACGUCAUAGCCUUUCCGAAGACGUCCGACGGGCGGGACCUGAUGGCUGACGCGCCCAGCGACAUCUCUCGGGAAGAAUACGACCUGUAUCACCUGACCAAGCCAAGCUGAGAGACGCCGCCGGUGACCCACGCCAGUGUAUUGCCACAGGGCGCGCGCGGUGCUACAGAUGUGACAGCUUACGCCGUCUUUCGGCCUGAAUGACACGCGAAAGGUUCCGAUGCGCAAAAUACAGCCGGCAUCGUGGCGGCGAACCCGUCCUGCCUUAAGACGGCAACGCUGCUGCGUCCCAUUUGGGGAGGCGGCUGUCAGUUGGCGAUCGUCCGUCUGGCGGGUGUCAUCGCCCGAUUACACACUCACGUGCCCAACACACCGCGCCAUUAAUCCACACGGCGGCGUUCCGAUGCGCUAAAAGUGGAUCGGGCGCGAACGUCCUGACCAGCACACGCGGAAAUGACUCGCUGACACCCGUUCGGCGUCGCCCCGUACCGCCGGGCUUGCCGUUCCACAUUUCGACGCCUCCAACCGCCUUCCCCGGCGGCUGUGGUGGUCCAUCUGAAUCGGUACCAAAGCCCUCGGCGAGCGUCGCCCCGUGGUGCCGGCGCGCCACCGCCCUCGUUGUCCCGCCCAGGCAUGUCCGGGCAU